UUUCAAAAUAUGGCCGCCGCUUCUUCAGAUAGCAGUGGUGAGAAGGACAGCCCCGCAAGCAGUAGCGAGGGUAGUCAAGUGCGGUGUACCAACACCAACGACCAGCCACCUCCAUCAGCUGUACAGAAGAUGGGAUCAGAGGGUAAAAGGGGUGCUGUUGAAGAAGACGAGGAGGAGGAGGAGGAGGAAGAAGAAGAUGGUGAUGAUGAAGACGACAACGAAGUGGAGGAAGAUGACGAGAUGGGCAGCGAUAGUGCUGGUGGCGAAGAGGAGAGUUGCGAGCAGAGGAGUCCGGACAGUAGCCAGAGCGAUGUAGGCAAAGGUGACCCCAAGGUAGAGAGCGAGUCAUCAUCGUCCUACUCCAGUGACUGCAAGGAUCAGACUCGCGACCGGCCGGAGAGUAACGGCGAGCAAAACGGCGGAGGAGGAGGAGCAGGAGGAGGAGGCUGUGGCGGUGGUGGUGCGGGUGGUGGUAGCAGUAGUUGUGGUGGCAGAGGUGUAUCAGAAGGUGGCGGCCAGCGUAGAGCCAGCAUGGAAAUGAGUUCAUCGGAUGGAGAACCACUGAGCCGCAUGGACUCCGAGGACAGCAUUAGCAGCACCUUAAUGGACCAAGAUAGCAUCAUAUCCAGUGGGCGGUCAACACCAGCUAUGAUGAAUGGUAAAAGUAUUGCCUACACCUGCUGCUGGGACCAGUGUCAUGCUUGCUUCAAUUCCAGUCCUGACUUAGCAGAGCACAUUCGCUCUGUUCAUGUUGAUGGCCAGCGUGGUGGGGUAUUUGUGUGCUUAUGGAAAGGCUGCAAAGUGUACAAUACUCCAUCAACCAGCCAGAGCUGGCUUCAGAGGCACAUGUUGACACACAGUGGAGACAAGCCUUUUAAGUGUGUGGUGGGUGGGUGUAAUGCGAGUUUUGCAUCACAAGGUGGUCUUGCCCGGCAUGUCCCCACGCAUUUCAGCCAGCAGAAUUCUUCAAAAGUUUCCAACCCACCAAAGGUCAAGGAGGAAUCUCCAUCUAAAGCAGGAAUGAACAAACGAAGACGUUUAAAAAACAAGCGUAGAAGGUCACUACCAAGGCCACAUGACUUCUUUGAUGCUCAGAUAAUGGAUGCAAUUCGGCACCGAGCCAUUUGCCUAAACUUGGCAACACACAUUGAGAGUUUAGGCAAUGGCCAUAGUGUUGUUUUCCACAGCACGAUAAUAGCAAGAAGAAAAGAAGAGUCUGGGAAGAUUAAGGUUCUACUUCACUGGACACCAGAGGACAUUUUACCAGAUGUUUGGGUAAAUGAAAAUGACCGACCUCAGCUGAAAACAAAAGUUGUACAUUUGUCAAAGCUGCCACAAGACACAGCGGUUCUUUUGGAUCCAAAUAUUUACAGGAACACCUGGAUGGGAAAAUGUUCUAUGGAUGGAUGAGACAGAAAUGGAACUUUUUGGACAACAUGAAUCUUAAUAUGUCUGGUGCAAAGAAAGCAGCACUCCACGGCAGCAACAUCAUUCUCAACAGUCAAACAUGGUGGUGGUUUGCAGCAUCAGGCCCCGGACCAUUUGUCAUAAUUGAAGGAUGCAGAAAUUAUGAAAAUUAGAAGAUUGCCUGGUCAUCCAUCCUUGACCUAAAACUGAAACAUAUUUGGGUCAUGUUGCAAAAUCACAAAAGAAAUUCCACAUCCAAAUUGGUGAAAUAAAAUAUAAUUAAAGUUUUGGCCUCCACUACUCAAAGUUCACCUAAAACUAAUAAGAGAAGCUGUGGCAGACCUGAGCUUGAAGCAUGUCUUUAAAUAAAGUAGUUUUUUCAAAAUUCUUCCACAGCAACAUGAAAAGAUUAACAUUGUAUUAAAGCAGUUUGGUUGAAGACCUGAAUCCAUUCAGUGUUAAAAAUUCGCUGUAAUAGAGAAAAUCGGUAUAUGGAAUUUUGUGCAAAUACUAUUUUGUGUUGAUGUUUUGGGAAGGCAAAAUUUUCAUAAUUGUAAAUGGCAUAUUUAUAUCUGUAUGUGAACAUGUGAAUACAAGUGUAACAGAUACAUAUAAAUAUCUUUAGUCAUGUACAUGUACCUUUUGAUAAUGUUUUGGUCUCUUUCUCCUCUGUACAAUUUCUAAUUGUCCUAGCAUAUUGUAUUCUAUUCAUUGCAGAAAAAUAAAGAAAUGUAUUGGUGAAAACAGCA